GGGUGACUUUAAGAAUUCUGCUCAACUGCAGAGUUGAAAUUUACCGGUAAAAGAUGAAGCUACAGCUCGGGGUAUUUCUUAUCGCCUGUCUGCUUUCCACUGUUUAUAGUGAAGGCUCAGUAGAAUUCUGCUAUAACUUGCCAGCAUGCAAUGCUAGCACCUGGGCUACACUAGCACCACACGACUGCAAUGGCACUAAUCAGUCCCCCAUCAAUAUUCUUACUGCUGGUGUGAUGCCUGAUAGCAACCUGACAGCCUUCACCUUCAGAGGCUUUAAUGACAGCUCCACCCUCAUAAACAUCUUAAACACUGGAAAGGCAGUGCAAAUCGAGCUUGAUAGUGAAAAGAUGAGCGUGUCAGGAGGAGGACUUCAGAGCCAGUACAAUUCCACGCAGUUCCACUUUCACUGGGGCAACGGCACCUCGGUGAACGGAUCAGAACAUGCUGUGGAUGGCAGAACAUAUGCAAUGGAGAUGCACAUAGUGAACCUUAGGACUGAUUUAACCGCUGCUGCUGCUCUCAAUGACUCGAAGGGAUUUGCUGUUCUUGCUUUCUUUAUUGAAGCAACCAAUGACAGUGGCAUACCUGAGAGCUGGAAGAACCUCACCUCCUUCUUAUCAAACAUUACUAACAUUGGUGCAACCAUGGACAUUAUGAAUAGCCUUACUGUAAACAGUCUGAUUCAAGGAGUGGACUUGAAUAAUUAUUACCGGUACCAAGGCUCUCUGACCACACCUGCAUGUAAAGAAAGUGUGGUAUGGACUGUAUUCAAAGACCCAAUCAAAGUCAGCAACGAUUUGAUCAAUCUUUUCAGCAACACAGUGCGCAUCAACACAACAGCCGACCCAUUCAUCACCAACAACAACAGACCAUUUCAGGCUCUGAAUACAAGGACAGUGACAUCACAAUUAAAAGUGGAAUCAACAUCACAGCCAACAAUAUCAAGCACAACAUCAGCAGCAAGCACACUACAUCACACUCUGUUGAGCAGCAUAGCUCUGCUCUAUUAUGUAUUGUUUCGGUGUUUGUAGUCCCUUUUUACCAAGACACCAACGUGAUGAUAAGAGCAUUUGUUAGGUCUAGACACUUUUUCCCACUGAAUGUAUAAAUCAUACCUGAAUUACUUCAUGUGCACACAUAUGUAAUAUUAAAUUUAUCAUUUCUCAUAAAAUACUAUAUUUAUUCUCAUACAGUAAUUACAGAAUGAAGAAAAUUAAAAGCCAAGGAAAGCAAAAAUGUGUAAAUAUCAGUCAGGGAGUGCAAAGAUGUGCUGUUAUGUAAAGUACCUUUGUAUAAUGUCAGGGUUGAGUGGGUGGCCGGAGGAGCUGGCAUGUUAGCAAAUAAAAUAUAGUUGUCUUGGAA